CAUAAACCAUAAAUCCCGCGGACUUUUUUUGACAUGGCUCUAUGGCUUCAUUAUUUUGACAUUUCGAUGUCAAGCGCUACGUAUUUCUUUGGAAAAGUCCUUUUUUCAAUCGUUUUUCGCAAUUCCUCUCCCUUCCUCAUAGGAAUAAAAGCGUAGGGAGAUAAGCUCGACAAACGGUCUAGUGAAAUUUGCAUACAGGACCGAGAAAUACGUCCACAGCCAUGUGACACGAAUACGAAAAACUGCUUCCAUACCGUCAAUGUGACAGAGAUGUUUUCUGCCAUCACGACGAGUGAACGCCACCGCGGAGCCGAGACGGCCACGACGCGAGCUACCCGGACGGCGAUAUAGGGCAAGCGCGUCAAAAAUGUGCGCGAGAUGGCCAGUCCGCCUCCGAACCCUAGAGCUGGCGGGGACGACGGCGGCGGGCGGGAUGCGGGCGAGGAGCCCCCGCCCGCCGCGCCGAAGACGGUCUUAGCGCCGCCGCCGCCGCCGCACGGCACCAAGCUGCACUACGUGGCGCUGGCCGCGCCCGGGCCCAGCGGCAUCAAGCAGUGCUUCCGCACCGUCAAGGCGGCGCGGCGCGUGCCCACCCUGCCGCGGCGGCGCGAGGACCCGGCCGCGCCCGACCCGCCGCCCGAGCCGCGCGAGCGCCGCGCGCGCCGCGACCGCUCCAAGCGCCACGUCUGCGGCACCUGCGAGAAGCGCUUCUCCAGCCCCGGCAAACUCAGCCAGCAUGUCCUCUCCCACACCGGCGAGCUCCCCUUUUCCUGCGACCUCUGCGAUAAGCGAUUCAACUCUAAAUUCAAACUCGUCCGACAUAAUCUCAUCCACAGUGAGGCCCGAGCUUUCGCAUGCAAUGUCUGCGGCAAAACAUUUAAUAGAAAAGAUCAUCUCACUAACCAUGUCAGAGUUCACAAUCCUGUCAAAAAGCUAUACACCUGUGAGAGGCCAGAUUGUAGGAAAUCAUACACUUCCCUACUUAGUUAUAGGAAGCAUGCAGCGCUGCAUUCGGCCGAGGAAGGCAACCUGCAGUGUAAGAUCUGUGAUGAAGUAUUUACUAAUACGCAAGAUAUAGUUUAUCACCUAAAAGUCCAUACAGGUAGUCGGACGGUCAAAAAUGAGACUGACAAAAAAUUUACUUGCACCUAUUGCGAGCGACGGUUCUUUACAGCAAAGGACGUGCGACGCCACCAAGUGGUGCACACUGGCCGGCGAGACUUCCUGUGCCCACAUUGUCCUCAAAAAUUCGGACGAAAAGACCAUCUAGUGAGACACGUUAAAAACGCUCAUCCCGAGGAAUCAUGGAGAUCUGCAGCUGUUGGCACCUCAAAAGACCCUACACCAGAAGCCUCUGCAUUUGAUGAAAUUGUGGUACCUGAGCCAGCAUCCUAUACCGAGUAUGCAAUAGAGAGUCCAGAUUAUGCUUGGAAAUCACCCUCACCGAAAGACCCAACCCCCGAGGGCCCGACCCGGGUUCCCUCGUCUGAUAUAAUCGUGGAGAUUCCACCUGAUUUUGAUAUAAAGAUGGAGCCGGUGGAAAUAAAGAUAGAGAGGCCCACAUCACCGAGCUGUGAGCUUCUGCCGAUUGACUUCCCAGUGGUGUUUAUGGUGCCGCCGACGUUCCAGGCCACGCCGGACUUGCCAUACCUCACAGAGCCGCUGCCUGAGCUGCUGCCCAGCAGUUUGAUGCUUGACGAUCCCGGGGAAGGGCCGUCGGGGCUGGCGUCGCAAAUGCUGAGUAUUCUGCCUGAGGAGGAGCCUAGGGAAGAACCAGGUCAGCAGCGGCAGCGGCUGCCGGCCUUCACGCAGGCCUUCCAGACCGCGCAGAGUCCCAAGCCGCCGCCGCCGCCCCCUCCGCCCCACUAGCAUUUAUGCUACCUCAUUAGGUAAGUGGUCUAGCUAUAGAGUAUGGAAAUGUUAACGGACUCCGCGUGAGACAGGUAUGGGAUGGUUAUUGCCAAAUUGUAUAUUUGUACGUGUCGGGUAUACCAAAAUGUUUCCGAAUUCUACAUGAAUAAGUGGUCUAGUCGUGUAUGUACUUUCGGAAUUGUAUAUUGUUUAUUUAUAGCGUACAUGUGGCGUUAUGGAGUAUGGGACCAACUCUGAGCUAGGGUGCAGUAGAGUAGUACUCGAGGGCCUUUGAUCAGGUGGCCGAGUUGAUACUAAGCUAAUUUUGGUGAAACAAGUUGUUGAACCUCUAGAAGCAUUUAGGGUACACACAAUUAACCAAAAACUUGCAAUGCGCUCAUAUUUUACUAUAUUUUCAAGAUAGCUUGCCUAUGCAAACGUAGACUACGGGGAUGGAAAAUUGGGACCACGUUUGUAUGGAAAAGUGGUCACGAGGACCCCUUUCCCCUUAACUUUUGGUACGACGGACGAUGGGAAGGUAAUUCAACAGUAUCCUUACCACGUGUUUGACACUGACAUAUUCGCUAGCGACUGCGUACACUAACUGACAAUGCAUCUCCCUCGUACUAACAUUGGUACAAGCGAGAUGCACUGCGUUUGAGUUGACGCAGUCACUAGCGUUUAAGGCCGCGUAAAACUCAUGGUGAGGGUACUGGUGCAUCCAGAUUUGGCAAACACGCCAGGAAUGCGCGUGUUUCCGAUUAACUGCUCGCAGUACGUGCUUUACGCAUACGCAGUGCUAUUUUCAAAGCGAUACACUUCGCAUGGCGCGCACCCCAUUCGCCAGGUGCCUUACGAAUAGAUUUUUACAAAUUGUUUGUGCUUAACAAUCACCACUUAUUGUUUAAAUUACAUUGAAUUCCAUUCUAAUGUGCUUUGGGCACUUUUAGAGGAAUAGGUAAUUUGUUGUUAAAAUGCUAUGUUCUGACUGCACUUGUGGUCUAGCGUCGUUUUGAAUAUCUAUAUGAAGCACUAAAUAAAAUAAACCAUUCCUCAAUAGUCCGACCGCAUUGCCUCGGCCGAGGCUCGUCUCCAUCGACCGAGCUGCCUCGUGCGGCAAUUUCCUCGCGAGGCGGGUCGUGUGUGGACCCGCCUAAUUAUUUUGGCAACUUUUUGAAAUAUCUGCGCGAUUUGUUAUUACUACUCUGCCCACCUAAGCCAAAUAGCGCUAUCUUAAUAGGCGGGUCCACACAGAGCGAGCAAACGCGCCAGAAAAUGGCCUCGCGCGUAUGCUCGCUAUGUGUGGACCCGCAUAAUAACAAAUAAUUUUGAAAAAGGAAUUAUCAGCUAUAGAAAGUUUAUGUUAGCAAUGAAUUUUCUUUUGAGAUUGCUCUAUUUGGCUUAAUUGGGCAGUACAGGCGCAUUUCUCGAACGGUAUUAGACUAAUAAUAUUAGUCCACGAAAUGUCAAGUCGUAUGGGUUACCAUGGCAACACACUAAUAAGAUUAGCCUAAUACCGUUCGAGAAAUGGGCCCCUGUACUCAUGACGACCCAGAGGUUCAACAACUCGUGUAAAGGCGGCAUGCUAUACAAUAUGUUUUAGAGGUGCGUGCCGUCUUUAAAUAAAAUUAUAUCGAAGCUAGUAUCUAUUUAUAAUUGAUUAACUGCUGGAGUGGCAUUACAUCAGAUCUGUUAAGGUAAAGAAAAUAGUCUUUCUUAAGUAUAGUGUUCAGAAAACUGUUAAAAUUGCAUUUGUAAUAUUCAGUUCCACUUGAAAGCAUGAGACACUGGAUGCAAUAAAAAAAAUCAUAAAUACCUCAGAAGCGGCUGCUUCCUUAGAAUUAAGACUUAUUUUAAUUGGUUCUGAAAUUCAGCUACCUAUUUGGCGGGCGAGUAUUCGGGCGAUAGAAAUUCAUUGAUUGAUUGUACGACGGUAAUUUCAAAAUGAUAAAAAACAUUUAAAAACCAAUCAAGUAUCAUACAAUAUUUAAGUAGUUUUGUUAUACCUAUUAGUUUCUUUCGCUCGGAGCUUGCUAGCAUACUAGCACAAGAUUGAUUUGCUAAUAAAGGCUUCUAUAAAACUUAUAACAAAUUGCAUGCGAUUUUAAAUAGUUGCUGAUUAAGUAAGACAAAUCGCAUGCGAUUGUCGGUGACGUUUGGAGAGGCCAUAAGUCGGAUGCAACGCUAGUAUGCAGAUUAAUCCGAAUAGAUGUUUCCCGCAUACUUUCGCUAGGAAUGCCAACUUUGGCAUCAAGCAAAUAUUACAGCAUAACAUUCUCAUACAACAAAUGUGCCAAAAAAUAUAGAAUCAAGAAUGUUCUGGAAUGGGUGAUCGUGUUCUUUAUUUUUUUCAUGUGAUGCUGUGAUAUCCCUGUCAUAUUAAAUAACAAUGACAAUAAGUAUGAAUGUUGAACUCGAAAAAAAUGCAAUCGGGGAUUUUUUUGAUAAUAUUUCAAUAAUUCUAUUUCAAAAUUGCCGUUGCAAAUUGUCUUGGCAUGUGUUUUAGGAUUAUAAGCCAAAUUACAUAAUAUACAAUGACUCGAGCGUGUCAGAUUUAGGUAACUUUACAAUUAUAACUUAGAUUUCGAGGAAAAGUGCGUCCAGACCAAGUUGACGAGCGACAACGACCAGUAACGAACGUUUGUGCAAAACGUCUGGAGUUCGUUAGUCGUUCGUGGGCUCGGUAUGUGUGCGGCUGAAUGUUAGAAAUGGUACUGGAUCAUAUAUAGUUCCAUUUUCAAUUGCGGACGAUGGUGUAUCAUAACUUAAAAUGUUUUUCGACCGAAUUGAGCAAUUUCGAUCGAUGGAUUUUUGAUGACGUCCAAAAAUAUAUUAAUGUGUAGUCGGUUCCGAAAACAGAGUUGUCAAGUUAUUGUAAAAUCGUAGCGCGUUUUUAGCUCACAAAACGGUUGCCAAAAUAUUAAUUAGCAAUCUUGAGGCAUUUCUCUAGUAUCUUCAUCGAUUCAAAUGCUGAUUUUUUGACUAUAUCGCUCGAUAGAAAUAAAUCACGAACAUAGAUCUAAACAAACGCACUUUAAAAAACUUGUAACAAGUUUUACACAAUAGCUAAAAAUAUAAAAAUUGCUUCUAAAAGUGAGCAUCAUUAUAUUUGAUCGAACUCAUUCAUUACUUUUUUUAAAUUAAAACUUCCAUAAACAUGAUAUCCACGGUCCUGGGUACGCACAGCCAUAUCCCUCACGCUCCCGCCCAGCGCGAGUGAGAGAACCUGAACCUACGGGGCCUUACGCACGAGUGGAUAUGUAUAUGCCACCAGCUUUCAAAUAUCCUAUGUCCUUUCCCCGGGCCUCAAACUAUCCCAAUACUAAAGCUAGGUUUAAUAGACGAAGCCAGUAAGCCACGGGAUACGACUUCGUAUCGUGGGUAUGUGUCUUGGCCCUAACGCUGGCGCCAGUCCUCAGACAAGCCGGUACUGGUGCUAGCAGCCAGCGCUGGCUGGUCAUGAAAACCGUUUAUACGAGGUCAAUAACAAGCCAGCGCUGACUGCCAGUAAAACUGGCAGCCAGCACUUGGCUUCGUCUCGGUCUAAAACUAGCUUUUUACAUCUAAAUCGGUUCAGCGGGCGGUUUAAGCGUGAAGAGGCAACAGCAUUUCGCAUUUAUAAUAUUAUUAGGGUUUUGAAAGUAAUUACAUUGUUUGUUUUUGUCAUUGAUUACAUUCUUUGUUGAAAUGUCAGUAAAACUUUCAAAAAGUUAAACAGAAAAAUGGGGAAUACAAUUCAUCACAAAAAUUAGUAGUUCGAACAAUGAAACUAAAGUAUAUAAUUUCUGUUCGUAUGUCCUCGUUCUCAUUGCUCUUCUGACUAUCGUGUGGCGGAAGAUAAUUUACAAAUAAAAUUAUUAUCAAACUAUUAAUCCUGAAAUCAUAUGCGAUUGACGUCAUCAAACAUCGCAGCGAUCGUGUUACCUUACUCUAAAGCGCAUAUUUCUAAAUUUUUAAGCAUUUUUAUUCGUAAUUUUUCUCUGUUAUUUUGUAUUACAGAACGUGUCUUUAUCAGCAACAGUUUGUUCUAAAUAUGUAAAAUUUUCAAUGUUUAAUACAAAAUUUAGGCAAUGGAUACCCUUUUAAAAAUCAUUAACUCGUACGUUAGUUAACCAUUUGAUUAUGAUCCAUGUAUGUGUAGGAAGGAAAAAUGGCGAGAAUCAAGUUGUACACGCUUCGUAAAUAUAGGUAUAUGUAAAUAAUUCAAUCUUUCUAGGUUAAUAGGACUGUAAAAAAUUUGGUCAGGGCGUCCGCCGCACCGCUUUGCGUUGACAAGUCAACGCCGUUCUGUUUAGUUGCUGAUAUUUCGUUCAGAUUUCAAUACUAAUUGCCUAAAAAUUGGAGCACCAUGUAACUAACUGGCCAACGAUAAAAAUGGCACUGAUAUUUUAAUAUUGCGCGCAUCUAACCCUUAUUAUGACUAGAAGCGAUUUAACGUCUACAUCCAGUAAUCCAAUGUGGUCUAUAUUCAAUGAGUAAGACGUUCAUUUUUGAGCUGUCUGUUCAGAUAAGGGAAGGUUCAAACGUAUUGUCAGAUUUAACGAUUGGUAACGAUUUGAACGUUUAAAUGUGCGUUUUUAGAAACCGGUUUUUUAUAUUUUUACUAACAAUUGGAAUAACUACAUGCCGAUAAUUUACAUUUUUCUCCCAAGACAUUUUUUUUUAUCGCGACCAAAAGAAUACACAUGGGAUUAGGGAAUCAAACUUUAAAAAAAAUUAAAUAGAUAAAUUUAGCAUCAAACGGACGCCCUGUUAAUCUACCUCAAAGCAAACUUAUAAUUACGUCUAGAUUUUAAUUGACUAUUUAGGUUAGUGAGAUUUAGGUUUUUUUAUUUCUGAAGCGACCAUACCGAUGGUACAGGUAACGUAAUCUUCGCUAUUAAUUGUAAUGUAAGUGUGUGCUGCAAUGUCAGAAAUCUUUAUUGAUAUAUCCUUUAAUAUGUAUGAUUAUAUACUUCGCUUUAUCCAUAUUGUUAAUUGGGAAUUUUUAACUAUUGAAAUGGCCUCUUUUUACAAUAACACAUUAUUUGUAGGAGUCAUACGUCUGACAUUUUAAAUAGCCAAUAGAACAACAAAAGCCGAACAAGAAUUUAUAUUAAAAAAAUAUAUCCGUUUUUAUAGCUCUUAAAUGUAUUAUAUACAUUUUAGAUAUAACCGGUACUCGAGUUCCAUUUCAAUGGUUUAAAUUCCGUUAUUCAAAUUAUCAAUAUCCUUGGCAUCAAAAAGUCCAUGUUCGAAUCGCCUUCAUUGAAAGAUCGCGGACUAAAAACACAAAAAUAUCUAAAAAAUAUUAAAAUAUAUAAGUUAGGCCCUAAAAUUACGCAUUUCGUUACAUUUUGGAAGUAAAAAAUACAUACAUCCCUAGAUAAAGAUAUCAGAAAAGAUUUCCCGCAAAAUGUUCUACGAGUACAAUGUUCCAUAAUAGUUAUUAUUAGAGAAUAUGUCACAUUGUAUUUGAUAAGCUGGAUAGCCACCGAAUGAUCAGGUCUAAAUUCGCAGUUAGUUAAAAUAUACCAGACUAUUUGCAAAAAGUUGCUAAAAUAUACGUUGAAAAAGAUGCCAGGCAAUUUUGAGUGCUACUAGCUUCAAAAGUUGCUAAAUUUGAUCGCUCAGCGCGCUCUGAUCAUUCGGUGGAUAUCCAGCCAUAGAUGUUUUGGUAAUUCCUGCGAGGGUGGACCGCGCACACACUAUUAUAUUAUCCUAUGUGUUCACGUGUGCCGCGGUCUUCCUUUGCCCUAGUCAUGUUCAAUAGCAGCACAUCAAUUAUUCUCAAAUAGGCAGUUACACCAAGUGAUAUUUACCAAUCUACAAGGGGUUUUCGAAUUGGGCCUAUGCCUGCUUUCAUAAUGUACUAUAGUAUUUGUUUAGUCCCUGGGGCAUUUCGGGUAAGUGUCGCUUUUUUUAAUACCUCUGAUAUAUUAAGAAGCCGACAUUUGGCGUUAUAACUUAUCUUUAAAUUCAACGUUAUACAGAGCGAUUUUGUUAUGUAUGACCACACUGAAGAGUGAAUAGGCCAUACUGAACAAUUUACUAUGGGCCUAACCCCGACAACGCGAAAAAAAUCCGCAGCCUCAUACAUUUCGGCGAAUCAUAUGUCAAUGUUUUCUAUGGAACGGUAGAUUUUUAUCGCGAUUUCAAUCAUAUCGUGAGUGACAAGUUGACAACCAAAUCACUAAUUACUGCCACAAGUUCAAAGCCAUAUUAAACAGUAUACUAAUAAUAAAACAAGGUUGGUUUUUGAUUAAUAUUUCUUUUGCAGUUGGUGAGUUUUGGUUGUCGCCUAACGAUAUGCUUCCAUUAGAGUAUGGCCAUAUGUAACAAAUUCAACCCGUAUAAUACAGAUUCCUGCAGGUUAAGGUAAAGAUCGUGUCAUUCAUGACGACCCGUGACUCGUAUUGUCAUGUAAUUAAAGGUUAGAUUUGAUAAAUCUGCGCGUCAUCGUGGAUGACACAAACUAUAGCUGUCAUACGCGUCACGUCCCCUAAUACAAAGUAGACGUUUCUGUGGAUGCCAACAACAAUAUGUCAAAAAUAAAUCGUUUCAAAGACCAAUUAGAAAACACCCUAUAUAUGUUGGAAGUGUAGACGAUUACGAUCAAUAAAAGGUGCAAACCAGAGUACAAAUGUAACAAAUAGCAUAUAACUCGCAUAUUAAUAAUAAUUUAUGUUUUCCUUGUAUUUUAUUAGUAUUGAUACAGAAAUAUACAACGAUAUAUGCAAUAUAUUUUUGUAAUGUUUUAGAUUUAAUAUAUACAAUAAUCGUUAACAUAUCAAAGAUACAACUUUAACAGUUUGUUACGUCUUGAAUAUUAAAUAUUGACAGUUCAGUUGUAUUUAUUUAUUGACAGUUGACAGCCGAGCGGGGCACAUAGUGCCCCUGCCCUUUAUUGGUGAAAUUUGUUUAUAUGCAUAAUUAUUGUUAACUUGUUUCCCAGUUGGUAGUUUUUAUAUUUAAUCUGGUGACGAGUGUGACUCGUUGCAUUUAUAUUUUUGUAAUUACAAAAGUUGUGUAAUACCAAAUAAUUAUACAUUUACUUCGUUUACAUUUUGUAAAUUUCGAAUAUUUGUAACUUAUAUUUUGUCUGUAGGUUGGUAACUGCAACGAAAACCAUUAUACUUUGUGGUAUAACGUAGGGGCCUUAUUCGAUAAAGUGUAUUUGAAUCAAAUUGAAAAAAUAUUUUUAGAAGUCUAUAAUAUUUUAGUAGAAGGAAUCUAUUUUUGUUACGCUUUUAUGAGUAAUUACUGCAUUUUUAUAUCGAAUUAAAGAACAGAAUAUGGAAGAUAACAUGUUACAUGUUGGAAAUUGAUUUUUACACUCAGACCUUGAUAUUAUGGAAAUCUUUAGGAGCGUUUAAAAUUAUAGUACUAAUUACUUAAACAUUGAGAAGCAGAUUUUCCCAGCCCAACAUAUAAUGUACCUAAUUUAGACACAGGUAAUCUAAAACUUGUUACGCAAGCCGCAAUCGUUAAUUUCGUGUCACUUGUACACGUUUCACGAUAGCUGGCACGAAUGAAAAGAACGAAACUCAUUGUAUGAGUGACAGUAUACAGCCAGAGCCGCCAUUUUAUUGGUUAAUCUCAUAUGGGCUCCCAACUCAACUAUAAGAUUCUUUUCGAUACGCUGUAGUCAACUAUAAAAAAAAUACCAAUAGGCGUGUUGCAUUUAUACUUUUUGGUUAAAUGAGAUGGGUAAUUAAUUAAUACUCUCAAUGAAAAACACCAACACUUUAUUAAUCGCAAAGAAGCGCGCACCGCUAAGAAGCGGGAGGACAUUUUUUUCAGAUCUGUCAAAAUGAACCAUUGACUAUAUAUAUGUAUAGCUAUACACACGAAAUAUUUAGUGUUGUGUUGUAAAAAUUGGAGAAACAUUACCAUCCGGUUAAAAAUUAUGCACUGAAAUGAGCGGAGUUUAGAAAAAGAACCCGGAGAAAAGUAGUAUAGUUUUUUCAUGUAACUGAUUUUGUUUGUCAUAAAAAUAUUUUCGGGGGUUAUGAGAAGUAUGAACACAAAAAAGUUUUAAUACGUGCAGAAUGCUUUAGGAUUACAAAAUCUCCAAUAGAACAACUGAUUAUGACAAUAAUGUUUAAUGUAUUCUUCAACUUCGUGUGCAGUUCUGAGUGUUCGAGUUCCUGGCGUCGAAAGGGCUCAUCAACACUAAGGGGCACCAUCUGCUUAUUAGUAUCAAUGUCACGUUAUUCAUAACAAUUUAGACCACAAGGUGUUAGGACCAAAGCACUUUAGCUUUUUUUAAAAUUAUUCCUCGUGAGAAAACCAUAAGUACAUCCGCGAAAAAAUUUAACCUUUUCAACGCUUUUCCACACGUGUCAUGAAAUGCCAUGGACGCCAAAAAGUUAACUGGUGAAGAGCGAAUAUGAAGCUUAACUGACAGUAGGAAAGUCGCUUUGACAACGUCAGCCAUAGCCUUUUUAAUGGUAAUUGGCGUCGCGGGCACGACAGACGAUGACCGUUUUAGUGGUCUUUGGCGUUGAAAAGGUUAAAGGUGUAUGUGACGUCCCCAAUCCGCACUGGUCGAGCGUGGGGACUAUAGCCCAAGCCCUCUCGCGCAUGAGGGGCAUGUACCCAGCAGUGGGACGUAGAUAGGCUGAAUUAUUAUUAUUAUUCCUAUGGUCUUUCUGUAUAAUCAGUUUCCAACAAGCAGUUGUAGAAGUGUGGGUAGUUAACUAACACGAACCCAAGGUGCCCGGCGAACAAUAAUAAUUAUAAACGUUGUACCUGGUUUAUAAUAACAUGUAAUAUGGUCUUGUAAUAAAUAUUUUGGACAUCA